AUGUCUUGGCUGACCGCCAAGCUCUCGGCCGCCUUUGCCAUGCCCGACACAGAAGCCAUCCGGGCAUACCUUGCCGACCCGGGCAUCCUUCCCCGGAUCAACGCCUUUCUCUCUGGUGGUCCGCGUGCUUUGGUCUUCUUUCAGCGUGCUGCGGGUGAGGCGGUGCCUGGCAAGCGCCCACCGUCUGUCGCAAAGCCGUCGCCGGCCUCCGCGUCGGGCGCCAACCUCGCCGAGCGGAGUGAUGCGCUUGCCCGCGCCUCAUCAUCGGUCUCGUUGUCGGGCAACUCGGAUAGCUCGCCGUCCGGCGCGCCGGGCAUCCAGCCGCACUCUUCUAAGGUCGCCUGGGCCGUCCCGUUCUACCUCGCUGACCCGCGGACGGACAUCUUCUUCCGCAAGGGCGCGUACUUUGUGCGCCUCGCGCCGUCGCUCCCGGUCUCGGAGCCGCGCAUUUCCGAUGAAGUCGCCUUUGGCGAGCUCAUGUCUUCGGUCCUCGAGUCGUCGCACAAGCUCCUCCUCGAUGUCUUUGUCCCGCACCUCCAGCAUCGCGAGGACUGGGGCCAGGCUCCGCCCGACGCCGUCACCCAGUUCUUCAAUCAUGUCUCGUCGAUGACCUCGGUCCUCAACGAGGCACUCAAGGCCGUCCAGGGUGGCAUCAAGCUCCGCAAGGCCGACUCCGAGUUUGUGGUCGAGAACAAGCAGCAGGCGUUCAACAAGGCCGCCACGAACCCGUCGCUCGUCGCCCACUACGAGGCCAUCAUGGACGAGUGGUGCACUCAGAUCGAGCGACUCAUCAACGACCGCGCUCUUGUCGACCCAGGCGCGGCCGCUCUGGCGGCAACAGCUGCCGGUAAGGUUGGCCCGGCCGAGUCGUCCGCCCCGUCAGCUGCCGCCCUCGCUGCACUCGCCGACGUCGGUCCACUCGCCCUCCUCGAGUUCUGGCGCGCCCGCGAGGCCCAGCUCCGCUCGCUCAUCGAGCAGCUCAAGACCUACGAGCGCAAGGUCAUUCUCGGCGUCCUUGUCACCGCCCACUCCAAGGCCCUCCGCCAGUGGCGUCUCCUUGACCCGCUCGUCACUGACGCCAUCAACGAGGCCAAGGACUCGCACAAGUACCUCGAGCUCGUCCGCAAGUAUGUCGAGCCACUCUACUUUGGUACCGUCUCCGCCAUGACCGAGGCGCUUCCGGGCCUUUUCAACGCCAUCAAGAUCAUCCACCAGUCGGCCAAGUUUUGCGCCGAGCCAGGUCCCAUGAUGGACCUCCUCACCCGCAUCUCGCGCCAGCUCGCCCUCGCCUGCAAGCGCCACGUCUCCAAGGGCGGCGCCAUCCUCGCUCAGGACCCCAAGCUCGUGGCUGCCAAGAUCGACGACGCCAUGGCUCUCAUUUCCGCCUACAAGCGCGCCUUUCGUCACGUCCGCUCAAAGGCCAACCAGGAGCUCAAGACUCGCCGCGACCGCGCCUUUGCCUACUCGGAGACCGCCGUCUUUGCCGCCCUUGUCUCGCUGGAGGCCCGUCUCUAUCGCGUCUCGGACGUCGUCCGCACCGCCUCGCAGUUUCGCGCCCUCGCCGAACAUCCGGCCCUCCCCAACAUGGCCCCUGUCGCAUCGGCCUUUGAGUCGCUCCUUGACUCGUUCUCCUCCACAAAGUACGAACUGCUCGACGAUUCGGAGCAGGCCUUUGAGCCCGACUACGCCGCUUUUCAGGACGCGGUUGCCACCCUCGAGAACGAGCUUCUUGCCCGCAUCGACUCGGCGUUUGAGAAGACUUCCGAGACCGAGGACGCACUCGCCAUGCUCCAGUCCCUCGAGGGGCUUGUCCACCGCGCCUCCCUCAAGACCAACCUCGACUCCAAGUACCUUGUAAUCUUCCACAACUACGGCGCAGACCUUGGCGAGGCUGCCGCACUCUUCGAGUCGCUCAAGCAUGCCCCGCCCACCAUCCGCAACGCCCCACCCGUCGCCGGAAACAUCAUCUGGGCCCGCCAGCUCCUCCGCCGCAUCGAGGAGCCCAUGAAGAAGUUCCAGGGCAUCGAGUCUAUCAUGGCUGCGCCCGCCGCCGUCCCGGUCAUCCGCAACUACAACCGCCUCGCCAAAAAGCUCGUCAAGUUCGAGACGCUCUGGUUCUACAUGUGGUCGCAGCGGGUUGUUGACGCCGGCGACGUCCUCUCCGCCCCGCUCAUCGUCCGCUCGCCGACCUCGGGCCACCUCUACGUCAACAUCCACCCCCGCUUCCUCCAGCUCAUCGAUGAGGCCAAGUGGCUCACUCGCCUUGGCCUCGAACUUCCGGCCGCCGCCCUUGCCGUCGCGGACACCGGCGCCCGCGUCAAGGACUACUACGCAAAGCUCUCUUUCCUCGUCGAUGAGUUUGCCCGCAUCACUGCCUCCAUCAACCCGACGCUCCGGCCGCUGCUGGCCGAGCCGCUCAGCGACUUGCUCGGCCGCAUGAUGCCGGGCAUUACCACCUUGACAUGGUCGUCUAUGAACAUCGACGGCUUCCUCUUUCGCGUCCACGCCGCCUUUGACAAGUUCGAGGUCCUUGUCACCCGCGCCAACACCCUCCUUGUCGCCUCGGUCCUCCGUCCGCUCGACUUUAUUGCCCAGUCCUCGCUCCUCCGCCUCUCGCCACCCAGCCCGUACUCGCUCGGCGAGUUUGUCGAUGCCCAGAUCCGGUCCAUCCGCGCCCACGCCGCCGCUUUUCGCGCCGCUGCCUCGCGCAUCGAGACUGCGCUCGCCAUCAUCGUCGAGGAAGUCUCCGCCCAUCCCACUGAGCUCUCCACCCUCAAGGUCUCGCCCGACGUCAUUGCAGACUUUGUCUCGUUCUUCUCAAACAUGCUCUCCGCCGCCCUCGGCGCCACUGUCAAGCGUGCCCUCUUCGACCUCCGCUCCGCGCUCACCCCGCUCGAGCCGGCCGCGCUCAUCGACCCGCCACACGAGCUUGUGGCAUCCCGCGCGCCCUUUCUCGCUGUCGACGUCGAGCUCUCCAUCCCGCACGUCCACAUCAACCCCUCGCUUGACGAGCUCCAGCGCGCUCUCAACCAGGUUGUCUCCGAGCUCAUCCGCAUCACAAAGUCGGUCGCCGCUCUCUCCACCCUCCCGUCGCGCCUCCGCAUCGCCAACUCGCGCCCCGACGGCUCGUUCUUCACCUCGGAAGAGUUGUUUGCCUCGGUCGACAUGCCGCUCACCCGCCUCGCCAUGCUCGGUCUCGACGCCUCCACCACAGCGCAGACGGCAGCAUCCGGAGACGCGGCCGCCGGCGCCCAGUCGAACCCCACGCUACCCACAACGUCGCACUCGGCGACGACUUCGGCGGUGGCGACCGCUGCUGCUGCUCUUUCGGCGAGCAGCGGCACUUCCGAGUACCACCCGGCCGAGCUAGCCGUCCUCUCCUCGCCGCUCUACGUCGCAGACAACAACUACCACGAGACGCUCUCCCAGAAUCCGACCAUUGUCCGGCUCGUGCUUCUGCUCUCCGGCAAAGCCGCCACUCUCGCGCAGGCGCUCUCGACCUACCUCUCUGCCUUUGUCAAGUACGCCUACCUCUGGGGCAACACACUCCAGCAAGAGUACGCCGCCUUUCUCUCGGCCUCACCGCUCGUCGUCGACUUUGAGGCCGAGAUCCAGCGCUUUGUCGACGUCGAGGCCUCCAUCCAGGCUAUGCACUCGUCCGCGCUCCUCGGACCGCUCCUCCUCUACACCCAAGCCCUCAAGUACUCGCUUCGCUCAGAGGCUGCAAGCUGGAAAGCCCGCUACGCCGAAACGCUCCACGCCCGUGGCUCGUCCAAGCUCCGCAAGCUCGCCUCGUACAUCAACUCGACCACCUCGCGCUUGCAGCGCGACAUUGUCACCCUCGACGACCUCCGUAAGGUCAUGUUUGUCCUCCGCGACAUGCGCGCCCAAGAGGCCGUCAUCGACAUGGAGUUUAUUCCGCUCGAGGAAAUGUUUGCUCUCCUCGCCCGCCACCAGGUCCACAUCAACAAGGCCGAGCUCUCCCACACCCGCCGCCUCCGCGCAAAAUGGCAGAAGCUCAAGGCGCUCGCCGCCACCGAGAACGACCAUCUGCUCCAACUGCAGAACCACUUUAAGCACGCCCUCCUCUCAGACGUCGAGUCGUUUGCCAUCGAGGUCAUCCAGUUCCGCAACAACUACAACACCCGUGGCCCCAUGGCCGUCCUCGCCGCUGAUGGCGCGUCGGUCGACCCCAAGGACGGCUUUGGGCGCCUUCGUGUCUUCCAGGCCAUGUUUGCUAAGCUCGAGACAAAGUUCAACUACUUUCGCCGCGGCGAGCGCCUCUUUGGCCUUCCGCCGCGGCCUUUUCCCGGCCUCCUCCGCACCCGCCGCGAGCUGGACAUGCUUGACGCUCUCCACACCUUGCACUCGGCCGUCUCUGCCUCGCUUCGUCGCUUCGAGUACACUCUCUGGGCGGACACCGACAUCUCAACCAUGUCUGCCCGUCUCCACCAGCUCGCUACCCAAAUGCGCGCCCUCCCACUCGCUGUUCGCGAAUGGUCGCUGUACAAGUCAACCUAUGCCCGCCUCGCCUCGUGGAUCGCCCUCCUCCCUCUUCUCUCCGCCCUCGCCGAUGCUGCCAUCAAGAAUCGCCACUGGAUUUCCAUCAUGCAAGCCACGGGCACCACCUUUUCGCUCGAGUCGCAGUCGUUCAUGCUCGCGCACUUGCUCGAGGUCGACCUCCUCGCAAACGCCCAGCAAGUCCGCCGCAUCGCCUACGCUGCAAAGAAAGAGCUCGACAUCGAGCACUCGCUCAACAAGCUCGAGGACUUGUGGAACGAGAUGACGCUCGAGUUUGUACCCUCUUACAAGGGCCGUGACGGCAUCGCCGUCCUCGACGUCGCUUCUGCAAAGGCCAUCAUGCACACCAUGGAGAACUCGCUCAUGGACAUCUCCACCAUGCUUGCCUCGCCCUUUGUCGCUCCCUUUUACGAUACCCUCACCACCUGGCUCGCCCAGCUCUCGUCGGCCUCGGAGCUCCUCGAGUCAUGGCUCUUUGUUCAGUCUAUGUGGAUCCACCUCUCCGCCGUCUUUACCUCGGUCACCAUCCAGAAACAGAUGCCCGCAGAAGCCGCUCGCUUCUCUGUCAUCGACACAAAGUGGGUCCGUAUCAUGCGCCGUACCUCGACAGAGGCCAACGUUCUAGCCUGCUGCGUCUUUAACGACUCGCUUCGCUCAUACCUCCCGCAUCUGCGCGCCGAGCUUGAGCUCUGCCAGAUCUCGCUCAAAGGCUUUCUCGAGCUCAAGCGCUCCGCCUUUCCGCGCUUCUACUUUGUCUCAGACUCGGCGCUACUUGAGCUCAUUUCCGCUGCCUCCUCACCAACGCCGUCGCCGCACACUUUGACCAUCUCCUCCGCUCUCGCUGCCCUCGACGACGCUGCCUCCAUCCUCGCCCUCCGUUCGGCAGAAGGCGAGAUCCUGCCGCUCCUUGCCUCGGUCACUGCCUCACCAAACCUCACCGAGUGGCUCACCGCCCUGCUAGAGCAGAUGCGCCUCACCCUCCGCUCGCUCAUCCGCCGUGCCGCCAAGGAGUGCUUCUCGAUCGACCUCGAAGACCUGCUGCGGACGUACCCUUCGCAAGUUGCCCAGCUCGCCCUCUACCUCAUUUUUACCGAGGCCUCUGAGAACUCCAUUCGCCGCAUCCGCACUGAAAAGUCGGCUCUCUUCAACACCGCGCAGUACAUCAAGCACGUGCUCUCUGUUGUCCAAGACCUCGUCUCCCGCGCCACCGAUCGUCUCGACCGCAUCAAGAUGGAGGCCCUCGCCACCGUCCAGGUGCACCUCCGCGACGCCUACGACGACAUCCUUCGCCGCAAGGUCUACUCGCUCACAGACUUUGAGUGGACAAAGCACUUGCGAAUCUAUUGGCGCGCCACCGAUGCCACCCCGCACGUCGAAGUUGCGCUCGGCCCGCACUCGCUCGUCCACCAGUACGAGUACAUCGGCGCCGCCCCACGCCUCGUAGUCACUGCGGCCACAAAGCGGACCGCGUCUAUGCUGCUCGACGCCACUGGCAUGGCCCUCUCCCGCGCCUGGGUCCAUCUCGACGGCAUCCACCUCCUCAAGCCGCCUGUCCUUGGCAUCCUUGGCCACCAUCUCUUUGCCCUCUCCCAUGCCCUCCGACUCAACUUGCCGUUUGCCGUCCUGGCCUCAGGUGAAGCCCUUCCGCUCUCGCAGCUCUACUCGCGGGGCUUCAAGCCUCGCCCCAUCGCCGUCGGCCCCGACGCCGCGGCUGCAGGCGUCCCGCAAGCUGCUGCAGACCAGGAUGUCGCCGCAGAUCAGGCCCUCGCUGUCUCCACCACAUCCGACGGCAUGGAGAACCCCAACCGCAGGAGUGCUUCCACCACCGCUCGCGCUCGCGCCUCGGCCCGCCGCUCCAUCUCCUCCCGCCGCGCUGCACUCGCCCACGGCUCGACCCUCGCCUCCAAGACCAGCUCGCUCCUCAUGGGCCCCUCAGUCGACAAGCGCAUCGCCUCGCGGACCGUCGACACUCCGCUCUCGUCUCUUGCGCCCUCGCUCUCGCUCUUUGUCGGAGGCGAUUCUGCGGCCGGUCGCUCGUCGUCAGCCUCGCUGCCUGGCAUCGUGCUCCAGCUACCCCCACCCGAGACGCCACAGCCGAGCGCAUCGGGUGUCGCCACUCCCUUGGACCGCCGUGGCGCCACCCGCCUCGACUACCGCGGUGUCCCGGUCUCCGCCGCGGCCCCGUCCGGCAUCACCUUCCGUGUCCCGGAUGAGGGCGUCGGUCGCUCCGGUAAUCUUCUCAGCCCCGGCCACGGCCUCACUACAGGCGCCCUCCGCUCGUCACUGGCCGACCCGGCCCACGACCAAGUCGCACAACAUUCAUCUACCCCUGACGAGGCCGAACGCUCCCGUGAUGCCCGCCACAAAGCUGGACUCUCGCCGCCGCAAAUCACCGCCGUUGCGCAAGCCCUCGUCGAGGACAUGCCCGACUCGCUUCAACCACCGACGUACAUGCUCAAGGAGCCACUCGGCCUCUUCGCCACUGCGCUCCUAACCUCAAGUUCGCCGCUCGCGGGCCUCCCAGCCUCGCAAGCUGUUCUCUUCAGGACCGUCACCGUUGUCACACCAGACAAGGACAUGCUUGUCCGAGCCCGGCUCGUUGCCGCCGGCUUUUACUACGCCGAGCGCCUCACUCGCAAGCUCACCUCGACUCUUCGCGCCGCACAGGCAACCCUCUCGCGCGCCAUCCACUACGACUGGUCGUAUCGCUUCCUCGUCGCCGUCCUCGACCGUACCUGCCUUCUUCGGCGCCAGGCUGGUCCCUCCGCCAACGAGUCGCACACGGUCAUGGCCGCCCUCGCCCAGCUCACCCUGCCGCGCCUCCUACCUUCAGAUAUGCCGCCGUUUCUGGUCCUCCUCCGCGAGACCUUUGCCGCCACCGACAUUGUCGAUGAUCCCAACGCGCCAGCGGCCCCUCCUGGUGCUACCGGUGAGCUCACCGCUGCUGGCAUGGUCGGCGACGGCAGUGGCGCCGGAUCCGGUGCGGGAUCAGGUCCGCGCCAGAGUCAAAUGGGCUCGUCGGGCAUCGAGUCGAUGCUCUCGGCCCAUGCUCGCCGCCGCCGCGCCCAGGUCCGCUCGCGCCGCACCAACGACCGUGACCGCACAGCCGAGGCCGAGACCGAGGCUACUGCCGCUGCUGCUGCCGCCGCCGCCGCGCGCACCGUCCCCUUUAUCGACGGCGUCGGCCGUCUGCCAGUGUCCAAGGCUCCCCAGGCCACCAAGAUUCCUCUCAACGCACGGGGAGGCGGUCCCGGUGCGCCGGGCUCUACCCGACUUGCCUUUGACUCGCCUCGUGAGUCGUCGGCGUCGUCGCUUACUGUUCCUCGCACGUCAAUCACCGCAAACGCAGGCGCGUCCACCGGCGCAGACGCAGGCUCGAGCUCGUCGCCGGCGGGCGUUCCCACUCUUGAUAUACCAGCUGCGGGCGAGCCCGAUGUCGAACCGCCGACCCUUGCCACCAUGACCGUCGCCCAAGCCGCAGCCGCGCUCCGAUUGACGCACAACCUCGCCCACAAGACCUCAGUGCCCGAGCUCUCCGAGACCGCGCUCUUGGCUUCGCUCGAGAAAGUGGUCACCGCAACCGCCCAGUCGGCCUCGCUUGUUGCCUCCAGUGAUUGGGUCGAGAAGCUCCUGCAGCUCUUUGUCUCGUUGCGAAACUGGGAGUCGACCGUUCUUCUCGGCCCGCCAGGCACCGGUAAGUCAACCGCGCUUGAAGUCCUUGUCGCAGCCCUGCAUCCGUCGCUGGCGAGACUCGCUGCCGCCAGCGAGUCGCCGGCAGGCGAGGACGAUGCCCGCGAGGGCUCGACCGGUGAUCCUUCACUGUACCGGGUGGUGCGGAUCAAUCCCUACGCCCACACUACCCGCGAGCUUGUCGGCGAGGCCGACCCUCGCUCUGGCGACUGGGCCGAUGGCCUUGUAGCCGCCACCGUCCGUCGCGCCAUGGAAGAGUCGGAAGUCAGCCACUACAUGGUGCUCGACGCACCAGUCGAUCCAGUCUGGGCCGAUCCGCUCGUGUCCAUGCUUGAUCCUUCUCGCAAGCUCGUUCUCACCUCGAACAUGUACCUCGCACUCCCACCGAACAUGCACAUUCUCCUGGAAACGACCUCGCUCGAACAUGCCUCGCCACAGCUUAUCGGGCGAGUCGGUGUAGUCUUCUUCCCGCAAGACCUCGUCUCGCCCGACAUGCUCGUCGAAGGCUGGCUCUCUUCGCGCCGGCCCGCCGAGGCCGCUCUCCUCGCGCCGUUUUUUGCCUCUCUCCUCUCCCCUGUCCUCGAAUUUCUCCGCCACACCCCGACUACCGUCGUCCUCCAACCGGAGAGCGCCCGGGUCCGGACCAUGCUCUCGCUCCUCGACGCCCUCCUCGAGCAAGGCGCGCUCAACAACGAAGUCUUUGAGGAAGACCACCUCGAGCGGCUCUUCAUCUUUGCUCUUGCCUGGGGCAUCGCCGGUGCCCUGCCCCACACCGACCGCCUCAGGCUGCAGACCUUCCUCUCCUCUGCGACCGUCAACCUGCCGCGGUUCGAGGGUUCAGAGACCAUCUUUGACUUUUAUGUCCAAGAGGCAUCGACUCAUUGGGAGCUCUGGGUCCACCGCGUCCCACACUGGGCAUAUCCCUCGUCCAACGUCGCCAUUCCGGAUCCGGGCUCGUCGAGGACGCUCUCCUCGCUCUUCUCAUCAGCCAUCUCACGCGCCCGCGUUCGCGCCGCCGCUCCGGCGCCGGUCGGAGCGUCCGAGCCUCUCGUAGGCGACGGUGGCAUGCUCGGUCCAGGCACGCUCCACUCGGUCUCGCCUGGUGCCGGCUCGGUGGGAGCCGGCGAACGCAUCACUUCGUUCCGUCUUGGCACACAGCAGGGCAUGCGCCAGUCGCUUCAGUCGCGGCUGCGGUCGGCGUUGACCGGUCCUGAUGCCAUGACAAGCAUCGCUCCGCUCUCGUCGACGCUAUUUGCGUCGACUGCAUCGGCCGCAAAGGCCGUCGCUGGUGGCCCGGGCGCGUCCGGGGCGAGUGGAUCUAGCUCAGGAGCCGACGGCAGUCGCGAGACCGACGACGAGCGCUCGCGUCAUAGUCACGCACCACCCGCCGCAUCGGCCGGCGAGCAGCUGCGGUCUGGCGGCGACGAGGCGCUCGAAGGUUUGGUCGCUGUCUCGCCAGCGCUCCCGCACGCUUGGGACGUCGACAUCAUGGCACUCCAUGUGCCAACGCCAAUCACGGUUGCCAUGUCUUCGCUCAUCGACUUGCUCCGCAGCUCACAGCACGAGCUCCCGGUUCUGGUUGUCGGUAACGCCGGCUCGGGCAAGUCGUCGCUGGUCAAGCACUACCUCGGCUCGCUCGGGGAUUCGGACUACCAUGCCUAUGCCUCACUCGCCCUUGGCCCGUUCACCACCACCGCUCAGCUGCAGGCUCAGCUUGAAGGCCGGUUGGUGCGGUCAAUCGGAAAUCGGUUUGCGCCGCGCGCAGCCAAGACUCUCACUGUCUUUGUCGACGACCUCGCACGGCCUCGGCCAAAUGCCCACGGUGUCCGCCCACCGCUGGAGUGGCUCCGCACCCUUGUCGAGACCUCGACCUUCCUCUCCUCGUCCAAGUCGUCCGAGCUCAAGGCCGUAUCAGGCUUGCAGUACCUCGCCGCCGGCCGCAUGCCGGCCUCAGGCCCGCUUGCCUAUCCUGCCCCCGCUGCUGACACGCUCUUCCGUUCGCGGCGGUCGCGGACGUCCAUGGCCGCAGGCGGACGGCCUCCCGGGCUGGCAAGUUCGCCCAUGCGUGGCGGCGGCGGUGGCGGUGGUGGUGGUGGCGGUGGCGGCGGGCACAUUCGGGCCGGCUCAGAUGACUCGCUCAACGCCGGCGAGUUUGGCGACGAGCACGUGGAGCUCUCUGGUCCGGGCACCGGCGGCGCUGCGCUCACUAUGGGCCGUGCCACAGGUAUCGGCCUCGUCCGCACCCAGCAGGCCCUGCUUCAGGAGCAGCUCGAGGCCGUCAUCCACACCAAUGCCCGUCGGGUCUCGGCGCUCUCACAGCGACUCGUCGGCAAGUUUGCCGUCAUCCAUCUCGAUGACUCGAACGAGUCGACGCUCAACGAUGUUUACUCGACCCUGGUCCGUGAGGUCUUCCGCGCUGUUGGUCCCACUGACGACGGCGACUCGCACAUGAACCUCCACAUUCUCAACCUGAUGGAAAAAACGUGGAUGAUCACCUAUCAACUCUGGUCCGAGGUCAAGGCCAACUUUAAGGCCACGAUCGAGACGCCGCACUACCUCUUCUCCAUGCGCGAUCUCUCACGGGUUUUCCAGGGCAUGCUUCGUGCCGACCGCUCAGUCUUUAUCGACCAGCAGACCAUGCUCAACCUCUGGCGUCACGAGUGCAUGCGGGUGUUUGCAGAUCGGCUCGUUGCCGAUGCAGACGUCGAGUGGCUGACCAAGACCCUGCGCAUCCUAGUCGAGUCGGCCUUUGGCGGUGCCUCGAGCUCCGUCUUUGGCGGCAACACCGUGUUCGUAGACUCACGAGUUCUUGCCCACAUCAACACCUCGGUUCGUGUCGCUGGCCUCCCCUCAGCACUCUCCAGAGCCGAGUACGUGCCAGAACCCGUGGCCCGGUCUGGCCCCAAGAUCUCGAACCACACGCUCUCCGACACCGUCCACUACACUGGUCGAGGCGGAGGCCACAUCACUGACUCAAUCGACGGUAGCGGCCCGGCCUCUGCUGGUGAUGACCUCAUGUCUGGGGCCUCGGGCGUGUUCGGUGGUGCACGGGGAAGCUUUGUCGAUGGCAAGUGGGAGGGUCCUCCCGGCUCGACGGCUCCCAUCUCUCCCGCUGCAAGCUACCAGCCUGUCUCAUCGCUCUCUUGGCUUCAGGAGGUCAUUGUCGACAUGGUCCAGGUGUACAACACCCAGCACCCGCUACAGCCGUGCUCGAUGGCAGUGGUUCACGGUGCUGUCCAUCACGUCUUCCGCAUUGCGCGCGUGCUCACCCUUCCGCGCGGCCACUUGGUGCUUGUCAGCCCGUCGCCGCUCGGUAUGCACUCGCUCGGCAAGCUUGCCGCCCACGUCUCAGGCGUAAUCUCGCUCGACCUGGCUGCCGCCGCCGCGCCGGAAGCCCGAUGGGGCCCGGCGCGCGCCAGUGGCGCAUAUGCCGCCUCGGCAGUGGGCGGCGACCUGCCGACCUUCUCUGAGCACUGCUCCAUCCCGGUCCCGGGCGUCCCGCUCCGCACGGUCCCGCUCGCCGACGCAGCCUCGGCCAAGCAUCCAGUUUCUGACCGCCACGAUGGCAGCGGUCUCACUGGCGGCUCGCCACUUCCCGCCGUGGGCCUUCGCGGCAGCCACGAGUCAUCGUUGACAUUUGGCGCGAUGUACAACCUUUCGCCCGAGUGUCUCGCCCACCUCAAGCAGGCAUUCCUCUUUGCUGGCGCAGAGGGCAAGCCGACAGCGCUGCAUCUGGAUGCCAGCGAGGAGAGCAGCCGCCGUUCUCCGCUGCUGGACGUCCUCGACCUGUUCUUCACCUCGGGUGAGCUGGCUGGUCUGUUCUCGCCAUCUGAGCUCGUCGCCAUCUAUCGUGACCUCAAGCCGGUGUACAUCAAGACCAUGUUCUGCGCGGCCGCGGCGCGGACGCUCGGUGUGGCGGCGUCGUCAGUCCCACACGCUUCGGGUGUCUACGCCCUCAACAUUCUUCUUGCUCGCCUCCUCCACGGUGAGCUGACCGCAGUCCCGAUCACUGUCGAGGAGGCCGAGACCAUGCGGGCGGCGUUUGACAAUGUUCCCGGCGAGGUGCCCCAGGCCGAGCCCGAAGCUCCUGGUCGCGAGAGCUCGUUCGGCCGUGGCUACGCCGGCGAAGAGCCAGAAGCGUCCAAGCGGCCAAGCACGGUAGCAUCGACGGCAACACCUCAACAGCAGACCAAGUCGGCGGUGGUGGAUCUGGAUGAGUCGCGCCGUGACGCUAUCCUUGCGCUCUCCAAGCUCAUGGAGAGCCUCGUCGCAACGCCGUUUCUUGACCUCUGUCGGUCGUGGCCGGCUGAGCUGCUCUCGCAGACUGACAGCCCGGUCCCAUUCACCCCCGUCGGCAUGACUGUUGCUGCUGGCGAUGGCACUGCUGCUGGAGGUGGAGGUGGCCAUGGUGGUGGAAGCCGCCGCUCGCCGACGUCGGGAAAGGCCAGUCGGGGUGCGUCCGAGUCUGGUGCGUCCGAUCUGAUUUCGCUCGCGCUACAGGCGUACGAAGCGCUCACCGAAGAGGAGCUCAACAUGAUGUACGAGCAGGUGAGCUCGCGGAUGCUGUAUUCGUUCUUCAUCUCGCGAGUCCAGCAACUUCUCCAUGUUGUGAUCAACACCACGCCCGAGAGCCUCAGCCCGCUUGUACAAGACUACAGCGGUGUGGUCAAGGUCGCACACACUCUCUAUCUUCGGCCGUGGAACCGGCAGUCGAUGCUGGCGGCGAUUCGGGCUCGCAUCAACCGUGCCGAACUCCAGUGUGGCGGGCCGAUGAAGGAGCGCCUGCUGCAGACGCUUGUGGCUGUCCACGGUGUGGCGCUCAAGGUCCGGCUCCCGCUUCGGCUCCGUGGCCUCGGUGCCAAUACUGCACACUGUUUCGCCUUUGUUGAGACGUUCAAGUCGAUGUACGCCAACACAGUCGCCGGCCUGCAGGCUGACCAGCUGCGCAUGCAGCAGGCGCGGAAGCACCUGGAAGAGGCACACGCCUCUAUCGGUGUCCUCGAGUCGCUGGUUGUCGAGCAAGAGGCUGCCGUUGCGUCGGCCAACGACUCGCUCUCUUCUCUCCUCGACGCCAUUACCGAUGCCACCAUGGCGCUGGAGCAGACCAAGGUGGCACUCGCACGAAUGCGGCUGCGGAUCGAGCAGGUCUCGCAGGCGUCGUCCUUGUUGUCAGACACCGUUAUCGAUGAGGCUCGCGUUGUCAAGCCGUACAAGGCUCCGGUCGAGGCAGCGCUCAAGUCACUCGACGAUGCCGCAAUCAUCUCGGAAGUUGUUGAUCGCUCCAGCGAGCCGCCGUCGAUUGCGCUGGCGCUCCUCCUCGACGCGGUCAUGUUCGUGGCUGGGCUCAAGGUCCGACAUCGGCCGGACGAGGCGCACGACGACGAGUUGGCCACCGCCAUGCUUGUCCACGCUUCGGAGGCUGCCACCGGCUCAGACCUCUUUGUGCGGCUCGGAACAUCACCGGCGGUGGCAGUGGCCGGGACGCUGCCAGCCGGUGGUGCCGCCGCUGUCCUCCGACUCCCUGUCUCGCCGUCCAAGUGGAAUGAGAUCCGCCGCCAGCUCGGCACGCCGGAGAAGUUUGAGCGUGCGCUGGAAAUCCUCGACGAGGUGCUUGGGUCCAAGCUCUAUGCGCUCUCGGACGAGGUGGUUGAUCUUGUGGCGCCGCUAGUUGAGCAUCCGCUCCUCACCGACGCGUUGCUGGCCGAGCUUGCACCUGCGUAUGUCGACCUGCGACACCUCUUCUUGGCAGUACUCGAGUAUCACGCGGCGUCGGUUUUCCUCCGGCCUGUCCUCCUACAAAUAGUUUACAACGACGCGCUGGUGAGCAUGCUUGAGGGCCAGGUGGCCGAGCGCGAGGCAGAGCUGGAGAAGGCGCUCGCAGCUCGGGCGAAGCUGCAGGCCGAGUACGAUGCCAAGUUGCUUGACAAGCAGAAGCGGGUGAACCAGCUGGGGAAGCUGACCACCCGUCUCGAGUCGGUCAACCGGCUGGUGGCGUCGCUCGACUCCGAGCGGGCGACGCUGGCCAACGCGGAAGACAUGACUCAGGCUCGCAUCGAGGUCGCGCUCGGCCAGUCGGUGCAGCGCGCAGCGUUUGUGGUAUACGCUGGUUCGAUGCCGGCCGCGCUGCGGCUGGUCUUCAUGAAGGACGUCCGCGGAGUGUGCAUUACCAACCGGCUUGCCGGCGCAACGACGGCCGUUUCUCAGGUCCGUGCCACGGUGGCGUCCGCUGGCGACAAUCCGUUUGGACGGCGGGCCGGCCAGGUCUCGUCGAUGCGUCUCUCGUCGAUGCGGACAAGCGCCAAGUCCAAGGGCUCAGGCAGGACCGGUCACACCCGUGAAGGCUCGUCAGGCUCGGGUCGACGAACGGCCUCUCCUGUCGGAAUGGCCAGCGUCGCCGGGCUAGACACCUCGUCCCCAUCUGCGCUCAACGCCGAGGAUGCUGAGGCGCUUGCCGAGCAGGCCGCGCUUCUGGACAAGGUUAUCUGCGAGAACUCACCGCGGCCGGUCGUGUUUUCGCUGACAGCGCUGUGCGAUGCUGCGGCGUCGAGCGACGCCGCGUCGGUUGGGCUGACCUCGUUCUCGGGGUCGGCGGUGGCGCUCUCGGCGCUCAUGGCUGAGGAGCCUGGCUACCAGGACGCACUCGCCGAGUGGGCAGCCAUCGGGCUGCCGUGCGACGAGAUCUCGUUGCUCAACGUGUACCUCAUGCGCGGCUCGCGAGCGGCGCCGGGGCGGUACAUGGACGGCUUGACUCAGUGGCCGCUGCUGCUAGACCCAGAUGGCGUCGGCCUGACGUGGAUUAGGCACCUUGAGCGCGGUGCGGGCCUGGUCGUGACCUCGCCCAUGCGGUCCGACUUUGUCGAAACGCUUCGGAUGUGCGUGGUCGAGGGCUUGCCGCUCGUGGUUGAGGACGUGUCCGGCGCGAGCUACGCCCUGCUUAAGCCGCUCCUCCACGGCAACGUUGUUGGCGUGGGCAAGCAGCUGCGGGUGCUGAUCGGUGGCAGAGAGGUCGAGUACUCGCCGAUGUUCCGGCUGUACCUGGUGAGCCAGCCGUCGGUCUUUGACGUCGACACGCCGUGUAAGCGCUCGAGCAAAGGUCCGGACGGAGCAUCGCUGCCAGGUGCGUUCUUUGGCUCGGCUGCGUCGGCGCUACUGGCGGCAACCAUGGUCAUUGACUUUACGCUCACUGCGGCGGCAAUGACCGAGGCGCUGCUCUCGCGGGUAGUCCAACGCGAGCGGCCCGAUGUCGAGGCAGAGCGGCCGAUCCUUCUCAACGAGCUGGUCACGGUCUUGCGCGAGCGGGCGGCAGCGCGGCGGCAGCUCUCGCAGCUUCUUGCAGCGACAGCGUCUGCGCGCCGCAAGCGGCGGCGGCGCAAGCGGCAGAUGCGGCGCAAGCGGCGUGCCGAGCGCAAGGCUCGCGCCACAGGAGAAGACGCUAGCAUUGACCGGAGCUGCUCCUCGGUCGGCUCACGGAGCGAGUCGUCGGGCGAAGACUCGUCUUGGCACUCAUCAGCAAGUUCGGGUCACGCCGGCGCGGGCGAAAGCCAUGCGCUGGGUGUCCAGGGUGCCCAGGCCGGUGACGAUGGCGAGUCGCAACGGUCUGACGAUGGGUCAAUGCUACUGGUUGAGGCCUCGGGCCGCAGCAUGGAGGGCAUGCUCGUUUCGGGCAAGCAGAUUGACGAGCUGGGCAAGGUCAAGGCGCACUUGGAGAAGCUUGACGAGAGCGUGCUCGACGUGGCGCGGCAGGUUGCUCGGAUGAUGGAUGCACGCGAGGUGUACUUGCCUGUGGCGCUCCGAGCUGCAGCGCUCAACGGGUUCCUCCACGAGCAGGUUGCGCCACUGUACCCGAUGGCGGCCAUUGCGCUGCCAAUGUACGUGCGGCUGUUUGAGUUUGCGAUCCGGGCCGCGGUGCGAGCGGUCCAGCCGGAGAAGCGAGUGAUCCACAUUGCUGACGCGCUGACCGAGGCCGUAUACGGGUUUGUCGCACAUGCGCUCAACGAGCAGCAGCGGCUGCACUUUGCCUUUCUGCUAGCGGUCAACACCGAUUUUGAGUGUGGCGGCGUGAGCGCAGCUGCCAUCCAGAUGCUGUUCGAGACCGGAGCGGGCCAUCUCGGCUCGCUCAGUGACUUUGCGCACGGUGCAGUGCCGACAGCCGGGCCGUCGCACGCGUCAGGUGGAGGUGGUGGGAGCGGGAGUGGAGGUGAGUCCGGCGGAAGGCCGAGCUCGUCGCGGCGGUCGCGUCCGUCGACGCCGGCCAACAAAGGUGAGCGGCUGGGGGCCGGAAUGCAGCGAGGCGGCGGCUCGACGACAUCGCUUGUCUCUGGAGCCGGCGACGACGACGACGCCGCAAGCGGCAGCGAAGGCGGCGGCGGACCUGGUGAUGACGAGAGCGUAGCUUCGACUCGCCCAAGUGGAUCGCGCAAAACUGCCGGCGGCGACGGUGCACUCCAUGUGUUCGGCACGGUGUAUCGGCACGUUACCAAGCCGCACGCGUGGAUUACGGACGAGGCUUGGGCCCGGAUCGAGGCGCUGUGUGCUAUGUUUGCGCCUCUGGCGACCCUCAAUCAGACGAUUGCACUCAACGUCAACGCAUGGCAAGAGUGGUUCGAGUCUGAGGAUCCAGAGGCGCGGCCGUUUGUUGACUUGCGGCGCGAGAGCGGCGAGUACGCGGUCUCGGCCUUUCUGCACGCGCUGGUCACUCUCGCACUGCGGCCCGACCGGUGGCCAGCGACGGUGAACCGAUACGUAGAGAACGUGCUUGGUGCGGGAUUCCGGGUCACGGCCUACUUUCCGCUCUCACUCGCCAAGAUGAUGCUGGUCUCAGACCCAUCUGCGCCGGUCUUUGUCCACGAGGCGUAUGCCGGUGCCGAUGCGCUGCCGCUCCUCCAGCGGUGGGCCGAGGCGGUGCCGGGCAUGGUUGACAUGUACGUCACGUCUGUCAUGCCAAGCGACAUCGAAUCGCCGUUCCGACUCCUCGCCAUUGCGCGCAAGUGCAUGUACGAGGGCUGGUGGCUGGUGCUGCAGAACGCGAGCGAGGCGCCGCAGCUGGUGGAGGCUCUUGUCGAACUGGUGAGCAAGGAGCAGCUCAUGUCGUCUGGCGUGCUUGUCACUGGCUCACCACUUCUUGGCGCUGGUGCGCAUGUGCACACCACGUUCCGCGAGGACAUUGAGUCGAGGUGGCGCGGCUCGCUGCUGCUCUCGGGCUCGGGUCGCGGCAUGCCGAGGCGCCGGAGUGACGGCGGGCAGGUCCGGCCGUCGUCGGGGGUGGAGCGGCGAAACCGCCGGAACGCCGCCAGUGAGCGCCAUGGCUCGGAUGCUCGGGCGAGCGCCAGUCGGGGGGACGGCGGCGAGGCCACCGGCUCGGUAUCGACACAGAGUCGAACCAAGAGCUCCCGGGCAGCACAGGCGCGCCGGCUCCUGGGGCUCGGCGAGUACGCGUCGCUGGCGCGAACCGGGCGGCAUCUGCAGCCAGGCGUGCCGUCGCGGCGGCACACGGUGUCGGCGAUGUUCCGGCUUAUUGUGCCGCUGCAGGACAUUAGCGAGGUCGAGCCGGGUCUCCUGGCGUCGGGGGUGAAGCUGCGGUUGGAGGCGCCAGCGGGGCUCCGUGCCGAGAUGCUGGCAUGGCUCGAGUGGGUAGCCGAGACCGACUUGCUCCGGGUUCGCAUUGCGACCUGGCCACAGCUCGUCUUUGCGCUCGUCUUUGCCUUUGCGCUCAUCCAGGGGCGGAUCAAGUUUGGCAAGGUCGGCUUUGCCUCGGAGCGAGUCAUGCUCUCGUGGCUCCACCUCCGGGCGGCGCUCGACCAGCUGGAGACGAUUGUGUCCGAGGCUGCGAACGCGGCCGGUGUGGUAGUGUCCGAGGCUGACCCGUCGGUCGACGAUGCCGAGAACGCAAGCGAGGGCCCGUCAGUCGGGAGCGGUGACGGCGCGGACGCGUCGUCGCGGCGGAGCUCGCGCGACAGUGGCAGCAAGACCAGCAAGCGCACACGAGGGCUGGAGAAGGUCAUCAAGCUUCCGUGGUCACUCAUCCGGUUUGUGGUGGCCGAGACCAUCGGCUCGGCCCUGACGUCAGACGCGGACCGCCGGGUGGUCAGCGUUGUCGUCGACAACAUCUUUACCAAGCACAUGUUCGACAAAGCAUUCUCGUUUGACGUCUAUGAGACGGCGCGGCUGGUGGGUGACGACCGGCGGCCGAUGUACAAGCUGCCUGUCCUGCCGCCGAGCGGUAGUGGAACAGGCUCGUCGGGGCGGUUGGUCAUGGAUGCCCUCUACGCCGAGGUGCUGUCGUGGCCCGAGCACGAGCCGCCGUCGCUGUACGGGCUCUCGCCAGCUGUUGUCUCGGCAAAAAUCAACGAGCGGACGCGGCAGAUGCUGCUGGAGAUGCAGCAGCUGUACGCGUUCAACCCGCGACUGGGUGAGGCGUUUUGCGAGUCGCUCGGCGCGCGGGCACCGGGCGUGACAGUGCCGGCCCGUCCGCGAGAGCGGGCAUGGGGCGCGGCGGUCUCGCCGUCGAUGUCUGUCGCGCUGGCGACAAAGGCCGCAGGUAUGGCGGCGUGGUGGGCACGGAACCCGCUGCCACUGAGGGCUCUGCUCCCGUACUCAUCCAAAGAGCUGCUCAAGGUGCUGAAAACGAUGCAGGAAAGCAUUCCGCUCGCGCUGGUCCACGGGCAGCUCCGCGACCGACUGCGGAGCAUGCCGAGCUCAUCGCCGUUCCGCGAGGUGCUCGCCUUUGAGGUGAGCGAGCUGGAGCGUGUGGUUUUCAAGGUGCAGGAGGCGAUGGUACUUGUGCGGUAUGGGCUCUCGUGCGGAGUGCUCGGCCUGUACCAGGCGCACCGGUGGAUGCAGCAUCCAGACGUGGGGUGCACGGCGUGGGAGGUUGCGCGGCGGCACGAUACGCUGGGCGCGUUUGCGAGCCCGUCGCGCGGCUCGCGCAGUGGUGAUGGGAGCGGCCGGCGCGGUGGCGGGGUGCGGCCGCUGGCGGUGAUGGUCAGCUCUGUCGCGCGAAUUCCGCAGGCAACUGGACUGGAGGAUGACAUCGACGUGGAGCGCAGUGCGGCACUGGCGGCCGAGUGGUCGGGCGUGGUGGCGCACUUUUUCGAGCUCGUCCACGCCAUGAACUUUGGCCUGGUCCCGCCGUCGUGGCAAGACUGGUCGUGGGGUGCCAAGGAUCUCGGGGCGUGGCUGGCCGGCCUCGCGGCGCGCGGCGACCAGCUCUCGGCUUGGCUCAAACGGGAGCGGACGCCGAUGGUGUGGCUUGGUGGCCUUUUUGGUCCAGCCGAGUUCCUCCAUGCCCUCAAGCGCAAGGUGGUGGGCGACCACCCCGGGUGGCAGCUCGAGAACGUGGUACUGUACGCCGAGGUGACGAACCGCGAGCGCGAACAGUACAACACGUCGCCAACCGAUGGUGCGUAUGUCUACGGGCUGCUGCUCGAGGGUGCGUCGUGGGCCGGCGGCAAGCUUGUCGAGGCGCCGCCGAACUCGCUCCGUAAGACCAUGCCGGUCACCGUCAUCACUGUCCUCCAGCGCAAGGACCGGCCGCGUCAUCGCGCAAACGCCUACGCCGCGCCGCUCUUCCUCUCGCCGCAGCGGAGCACGCGGCUUAUGAUGGUCGACCUGCCGACCGAUGUCGAUGCCAAGCGGUUGACCGUGUGGGCAGGCACGCCAGUGAGCACCGCUGGGUAA